AUGGCCAACACCAUCACCUUCUUCGGGCCCCCCGAAAUCCCCGUCUUCCACCUCGGCCAAAAGGAGUCCGAGCCCUCCGCCCUCGCGCCAACCAUCCUCUUCAAUAACCUGAUGCUCGCAUCCCCCGACACCACCCUCCACAACCUCGCCACCGCCAUCUCCUCCUUCAAAUCCGCCAACAUCCCCGUCCUCCUCCCCACCGACCCCGCCUACGCCCACACCACCACACCCGCCAACCUCCUCCAUCGCCCUUCCUCCCACCCCGACUGCGUCGUCCAGCCGCAGUCCACCGCGCACGUCCGCACCGUCAUCCAACACGCCAAACAGCUCAACCUCCCCGUCACCAUCCGCUGCGGCUUCCACUCCUGGGCCGCCUUCUCCACCGCCGCCCGCGGCAUCCUGCUCGACCUGGCCGGGCUGAACGCCGUCGCGCUCGACGACGCCGCCGCGCCGACCGUCGUCACCGUCGACGCUGGCUGCCGCUGGAGUGACGUUUAUGCGGCGCUGCCCGACGGCUGCGUCGUGACGGGCGCUCGUGCCCCGUCUGUUGGCGUUAGCGGCUUCGUGCUCGGCGGUGGGCUUGGCCCGUUCACGCGGAGGUUCGGGCUGGGCAGCGAUGCGCUGCUCGAGGCGACGGUCGUGACGGCGGAUGGGAGGGUGGUGACGGUCAGCGAGCGGGACGACCGGGCGUCGGAUGAGGGGAAGUUGUUCUGGGCGCUGCGGGGCGCCGGGGGUGGCAACUUCGGCGUGUUGGUGCAGAUGAAGCUGCGAGUGCAGCAGCUGCGGGGCGAGGAGGUGGUUGGUGGGAGGUAUGAGUGGAUGCCCAGCGAGGGGCUCACGGAUGAGGUCGUGGCGACUAUGAACAAGUUCUACGCGACGAACUGGGCGGAUGGCAUGACUAUUGACAGCGCCUGGGUGUGCGAUCUGAGGCAGGCUUCGGGCGAUGCGGUCCGAUUCCUUACGUCUUUUGAUGGCAGCAAGGACGAGUUCGAUGGGCUGGUCGACAAGCACGUCGAGCAGCCUGAGCUGGCUGGACAGCUCAAGGAACGGUCGCUGGCCGAGAGGUCUACUCAGUUCCUUCGCAAGACGCUCGACGCUCAGUGGACUGAGGACAUCGAACGGUCCCUCCCUGAGAACAAGACUUACAGCAUCUGCACCUCAUUCGCUCUCAGCAACGACAGCAAGAACAUCGAGCAGAUCACCGCCAUCGUCCGUGACGAGAUGAAGGCUUUCCGCAGCCGCUUCUCUGGCAAGGCGGUGGAGCUCUCCGUCACUUGGAUGCAUGCUGGCGGCAAGGCGGCGGAGAAGAACCCCUCCGACACUGCCUUCUUCUGGCGCGAAGCUGUGUACCACACGUACGUCACCAUUGUGUGGGAGGACCAGGAGAUGGAGAAGGACAUGAAGGACUUCUUGGCAUCGGUCAAGACGAGGCUGAGGCCCUUCUCCAUUAAGGAGAAGGCUGCAUACGUCAACUUCCCCGACGGAGAAAUGCGGACCGAGCGUUAUGAAGAGGCUUAUUUUGGUGACAACAGCACGGAGCUGCGCCGCGUGAAGCAGAUUUGGGACAAGGGCAACUUCUUCAACUGGUCACAAGGCGUUCAGCUCCCGCAGAGUGCGAACAACUAG